AUGUCUAGUCUGGUUACCAUUUUACCUGGCCCUGCUAAGUCAGUGGAGACCGAGCCCACGACAGUCGUGACCCCGUCUGAGAUCGUCUUGCGGAAGCGAGUCCGGCCGGUGUCUGCAGCUUGUGAUGAAUGUCGCAAGCGAAAGUCAAAAUUCGAUCCUAAAGCCGAUUUGCUGAUACUCCACCGGGCACUGCAACGCAAGUGCGCCGAAUUGAGUAUUGACAACGGCCGCCUUGAAUCUGUACUUUUGAUGAUGCGCGAGAAGCCUGAGGAUGUAGGACUCGCUAUCUUCAGACGGGUUCGAACAGGAUCGAAGCUAGACUUAGAUGCUAUCUUGAGCUCAAUUGAGAGCGGCGAUCUCCUGAUGCAGUUGCACUUAGCCCCUGCAUCUGAAGUCCGCUAUCCAUUCCCAUCCCGGGCUGCGUUGCCUGGUAUCUUCGCCAAAACGAAGAGUGCCUACACGGAGUCCUUGGUCCUUGAGGCGCCAUAUUUUGACUCGGAGGCUCCACAAGCGUUUGAUGCACGAUUGAUCUCGUAUCUGGAAGCUCCAAAGUACAUGCCCUACCACUCUGCGAAGCUAGUCGAGCCAUUGCUAGAUCACGCUACGAUCUCUCGCUGGACGAGUGUGUGCACCGAUGAGCCUUUGCUACACAGUCUCAUGGAGACUUACUUCCUGCACAUUUAUUCGGCGUUCCCCUUCUUCCACAAAGAAUGUUUCCUACGCUGUCUUAGUUCUGGAUCUCAUCGUUUCUGCUCCAAACUACUUGUCAAUGCUAUCUUGGCUCAUGCUUGUCACGCUACCCCCACGGUUGCGCACCGCAACGAGCAUUGGAAUCCUCAUACUCUCGGCUAUACAUUUCUGGCCGAGGCUCGGCGUUUAUUGGACCUUGAGCCAAGACGACCAAACGUCACAACAGUCCAGGCCAUGCUCGUGAUGAACGUUACCUUGAACGACCAUGGUGUCGACGGCGGUGCCUCUUAUCGAUAUUUACUUGAGGCCGUAUCUAUUGCAAAACUCAUGGGUUUGUACGACUCUCCUAGUGAGAAUAUGAAACAGAAUGCGGACCAAGAUGGCAAGGUUGUCCGUGAAGUGACAGCCUGGGCUCUUUUCGCUUGGCAAGGGUGGUCUUCCUACGUUCCCCCUUUGAAUCAGAAGCUAAAUUUUGAAAACAGAGUCAUUUCCCUCAUGAUCCAAGAGUUACCUUGGAUCAAGGAUCCGCCUCAGACACCCUGUCCGGAUCCUGCCCAAUGCCCAUUCUGGUAUGGCGAUAUCUGGGUCCGAUACCCCUCAAGUCAAGAGCCCAUCGCAACCAAGUAUUACCAAACGUUCAAGGCAUACUUGGAUUUCUGGGCCAUAUUUAAUGAUAUCGCCGGAGUUUUGUUUAGUCCCGCACAAGUCCGAGCACUUUACCUCGGCCAGGCAGUCGAGUUCUAUGCUCGAUUGCGGUCCUGGUUCGAUGGUCUCCCUGAUGACAUGCAACCAGGGAGAAUAGUCUUACCUUUUCAGCUCAAGCUACAUAUACAAUAUUGGGCUCUUGUGAUGGAUCUCUUCAAGCCCUAUGCAGGCUGGGACGAUCUCACGAAAACACUUGAUCAGACGCCCUCUGAGAUAUAUGUAAAUGCUCGAAGGAACCAAGAGCUCGUGCUGCGCAUUUAUUACUUGCGUCACGGGACAGAGACUCACGACUGUUGGCUCUCCAUGUUUCUUGUCAGGCUUGGUUUUAUCGCACUAGAAGAAGUGGCAUCUUCGUCAGAGGAGAACGACUCACUUGCAACAUUGAUCUUCGCGCUCACAACCCUCGAUAACCAAGGUAAGUGUUAUUUCAAGGCAGAAUUCACUCUGCGAACGAUCUGUUUACAGAUGCGUUCUCGAGACCUUGAGAUCUUCAAGCAGUUCGCGACCUAUCAGGAUCUCGAUGCUCCUGAGGCCCUAGCAAGUCGCAUUGGCUUUGUUAGAUCAAACUGGCCUGUACACGUUGAUUUUGCCAAACGAGAGCGGAAGAACAUCCGCGAAGUAGCUACUGAGGCCAUCGGGAUGAACUUGAUGGAUAAUGGUAACCCUGUACCAGCAGGAGAGUAA